UAAAGUGAAGUUAUUAUUAUUAUACUUGAGUUUAUCAGCAGAUACAAACAUAAUUGUAAUCAAGAGUGUGGACAACACUAACAACUAACCACACAAUUACUCGCAGUCGCAAACUACACAAAAUGGCCAAUAAAGACGUCUCCCCCGAAGCAGGACAAGUGUCCGAGGCGAAUCUUUCUUCUCCUGAGGAGGACCCCAUAACCAGUCACCUUAUCCAAAAGAUACUCCACGGCUACGAUCCAAAUGCCCAGCUCGUCUCCUACUCUGCCAAGCUGGGCACAAAGCCGGGCGACAAUUACAUGUCGAUCAUCUACGCUGCUGAUAUUGUAUUCACAAAUUGUGACGGAUGCGAGGAAAAGCUUGAAGUCAUGAUUAAAAUCAUGCCGAACAAUGAGCUCCGAAUCAAAGAGCUCAAUAAAAUAGCUGUCUUUACCAAAGAAGUAAACAUGUAUGCAGAAGUCCUCCCAGCGAUGGUGCGGUUUCAGAAAGAGAAAAAAAUUCAGGAUGGCGAAAUACUUAGGGAUUGGCCGACAUGCUUGGCCUCAUUUUGUGACGGAGGAGCAAAUGAUUUCGUGGCGAUGGAAAACUUACGGGGAAAAGGCUACAAAAUGGCGGAUCGAACCACCGGUCUGUCCCACCCCCAAGUUCUUCUCGUCCUCUCCACCCUGGCGAAAUUUCACGCCAUUUCCUUCGCCCAAUUCGGUGGGGAUGGUACCAAAAUCCUGUCGACUUAUCCAUUCCUCGAAGAAAAAAUGUUCCCCGACCCGAACAAGGUGGAAAACUCGCUGAAAGAUUACUUCCAAUCGGUGCUCCGUUGUGAAGUAAAGCUUCUUAGGGACGCUGGGCACCUCAACGAAGCCGAAAUCUUGGCACUAUUUUGUCACGAUGAUACAAUCGAUGCUUAUUUAUUAAGCGAAAUAAGCAGGAUUGCCUCCGAUACGACGAACGGCGUCAUAAGUCAUGGAGACUGUUGGACGAAUAAUAUCCUGUUUUUAUACGACGACGAAGAUAAAGUCGUCGACCUCAAGUUGCUCGACUUUCAGAUAGCCAGAUGUGCACCGAGAUCGGUUGAAGUGUCGUACUUUUUGUACGCUUGCGUCCCCCACUUGGAUGUCGGUAUGGAGGAAGAGUACCUCAAGUGGUAUGAUGACCACUUUAUCCAAUUUCUUAAAAAAUUGGGAGUAAAUAGGCGUGCAGGGGACGGAUUGGACUUCCAAGAUUUUAUGGAAGAGUAUGAAAACUGCAUGUUUUACGGAGUUAUGCUCGGUUUGAUAAUGACGCCGAUGAUGUGUAUUGAAAGUCAAAAUCAGCCAAGCUUGGAGGACGGGGCGACGAAUGACUUUGGGGACGACGCUGCAGCCAAAGUAUUUGAGACAUUGAACCCAAAAGGAGCCAGUGGCCAGUCAAUAUCUUCCAAAAAAAUUUGCAAUCUAGCCGUCAAUCAUUUACCUCGCUGUCCACAAGUGAUUCGAAAAAUGAAUGAAACUAAAAAAGUUUGAUGUUUUCUUAAAAUCAGGAAAUAAAUAAGUUUGAUUCCUGGCGUGUAUUACAAGCACAGAUAAUUAUCUAUAACAAAAAUACCAUACGCUUUUUCUAUGGAUAGUUGAUUGAAUAAACUUUAUUAUC